AUGCAAAACAUUGAAGUCCUCUAUAAAAUGGAAGGGAAAGAGAAAAAGCUGUUCAAGAAUCCAUCAGCGGAGUCUUUGGAGAUCGGCCAGGAAAAGAUCACCAACACCUCAACGAUCGAUUGCACCAUAAAAGAGAAAGAGACACCCAAAAAAUACGUGAAAUACAGCCUAAGUGAGAGCAUUUUAUUCAACAGUAAAUAG